AUGAAUUGCGGCGCCAGCAGGGGAGCAAAACCAUGCUGGAAUGAUAUGGAAGAACUGAAAUAUUUAAUUUGUGCUAUCGAGUGUUGUCAAUGCCCGAAAAUACCGCCACCACCGGUAUGUACGAUUCUAUUGCCACCGAGAAUUGAGGAAUUACCAGCUUAUAUACCCCCUCCAGCCCCUUGUUGUCCACCACCUCCAUGUUGUGUGCCUCCUAUGGCACCUGGUCCUUGUUGUGUCGGUCCUUUACCUGCACCACCACCUCCAAGAUGUCCUCCACCACCACCUCCACCAAAGCCCUGCUGUCCACCGUGUUCUCCACUACCCUGUUAUCCAAAUCCGUAUUGUUAG